CUUUUCCUUGCCCCAUUCCACAAACACGUUUUCAUUCAUUCAACUUCACAAUGGCAGAGACACUCACCCACCCUCUCGUCAAGGACGGCUGGUUCAAGGAAACCGGCACUCUCUGGCCCGGCCAGGCUAUGACUCUUGAGGUCAAGGAGAUCCUUCACGUUGAAAAGUCGCUCUACCAGGACGUCCUUGUCUUCCAGUCGACCUCCUACGGCAACGUCCUCGUCCUCGAUGGUGUCAUCCAGGCAACCGAGCGCGAUGAGUUCUCCUACCAGGAGAUGAUGACUCAUGUGCCCAUGAACGCCCACCCUUACCCCAAGAAGGUCUUGGUCAUUGGAGGUGGUGAUGGUGGUGUCUUGCGCGAGGUCGUCAAGCACGAGGGUGUCGAGGAGGUCACUCUCUGCGAGAUUGACGAGGCUGUGAUCCGCGCUUCUAAGAGGUUCUUGCCCGGCAUGGCCGCUGGAUUCGAGCACCCCAAGGUCAAGAUCCACAUUGGUGAUGGUUUUGCUUUCCUUGAGGACAAGGUCGACAGCUUCGAUGUCAUUAUCACGGACUCUUCUGAUCCCGUCGGACCCGCUGCCUCUCUUUUCCAGGCAAAGUUCUUUGAGCUGAUGAAGAACGCCCUUCAUGCCGGCGGAAUCAUCUGCACGCAGUGCGAGUGCAUCUGGCUCCAUAUGCCUAUUAUCAAGGAGGUCAUGGGCUUCAGCCGCAAGCUCUUCCCUCGUGUCGAGUAUGGCUUCAUUACCAUCCCCACCUAUCCCUGCGGACAGAUCGGUCUCAUGGUCUGCUCCAAGGACCCCAACGCGAUUAUCAAGGAGCCUCUCCGCCAGUGGCCCAAGGAGCAGGAGGCAAAGCUUUGCCGCUACUACAAUUCUGAGAUCCACAAGGGCUGCUUUAUCCUGCCCCAGUUUGCCAAGGCUGCGUUGGAGGCUGGCGAGGGAUCUCAGUAAAGAGUGUCGAGGCAUUUCUGUUUGAAUUGAAAUAAAAAAAAAAAAAACGAAUGCACAAAUCAUAUCUAGUGGCUUGGCUGAGGCAAUAAAAUGGUUUUCGCGCUGCC